CUCUUUCUCUCUCUCCUGGCCAGUGUACAGCUCCUCCCCUCUAUGCUGCCUUUUACUUCAUCAGAUAGCUGAACGUGAACAGUUUAGCUGAAGAGCACUUGCUUAAAAAACCAGGAGGGAGCGCGCGCUCAGCAUCCACCCUAUAAACGGACCCCAAGCGAGGACAAUUCGGUGUCCCCAGCUCUGGUUUGACCAUGGACCCGUUAUCUGGCAUGCACUUGACUCUGUGCACUUGGCUUGUUUGUUCGUUGUAUUUCGGUGCCAUCGCCAGAGCGGAGGUCACUUGCGCCUCAUGCCCGUUACCGGCGCUCGUAAAAACCGGGGACAUCCAGAACAACGCACGCGCUCCAGCCAUCGCUCUGAGCCGGGCCGGGGAAUCGCUGGUCAGUUUCUUCUCGCGCGUAAGUCUUCAACCAGUGCGGGAUGGAGUUCACGAGUUGGGGAAAGAGGCGAGCGCGCAAAAAGUGGAAGCGGAGUGGAGCGCACUGGGAACCGAGCGAAGCGCACUGGGACACCGGGAACCCGAGGAAGUGUUUGGCGCAGCGGGCGCAGGAGGCGCGUUGCCGAGGGGCAAGAGGAACGUGGAGGCGCGACCGGAGGAAUUCGGCGCGAGCGCGCGCACCGGAGACUCCGCCGAGUCUUUGGACGCGCUGAUGUUCGUGGAUGGACAGAAGCUGCGACGCAACCGCGACGACGCGAAAGUCGCCACUUCCAGAGCGGAGGAGCCCAAAGUAAUCAGCAGCACCUUUGCCCUGGCUGGAGACUCCGCUCACAACCACGCUGUCGUCUACUGGACCGGACAAAACAGCAGCGUGAUCCUGAUCCUGACCAAGCUUUAUGACUUUCACUUGGGCAGCGUCACUGAAAGCUCCCUAUGGAGAUCAACAGAUUAUGGCACCACCUAUGAGAGACUGAACGAUAAAGUGGGAGUGAAGACAGUCCUGAGUUAUUUGUACGUCUGUCCCACCAACCAGAGGAAGGUUAUGGUGUUGACGGACCCGGAGUUCGAAAGCAGCAUCCUCAUCAGCUCUGACGAAGGGGCCAGCUACCAAAAAUAUCGUCUCAGUUUUUACGUCUUGAGUCUGCUUUUUCACCCUUCACAAGAAGACUGGGCUCUGGCCUAUAGCCAUGACCAGAAGCUGUACAGCUCGUUUGACUUUGGACGAAAGUGGCAUCUCGUUCACGAGCGAGUAACCCCCAACCGCUUCUACUGGUCUGUAAGUGGCCUGGAUAAGGAAGCUGAUCUGGUGCACAUGGAGGCGUACACCUCUGAUGGACAGUGUCAGUACAUGACGUGCCGGGCUCAGGCUUGCUAUGAAUCAAGCAGGACAUUCCCAUUCCCUGGCUACAUCGAGCCGAACUCGCUGGUGGUUCAGGAUGAAUACAUCGUCAUUCAGGUUACCAUGUCUGGGAGAGCCUCUUAUUAUGUAUCUUACCAAAGGGGACCAUUCGUGCGCAUCAAAAUACCUAAAUACUCCCUUCCAAAAGACAUGCACAUCCUGAGCACAGAUCAAGGUCAGGUUUUUGCCGCUGUGCAAGAGUGGAACCAGAACGACACGUACAAUCUGUACAUCUCGGAUCCGAAUGGUGUUUACUUUACUCUGGCUUUGGAAAAUGUCAAGACCACCCGAGGUCUUGGGGGCAACAGUAUGAUAGACCUGUAUGAGGUGGCAGGAAUCAAAGGCAUGCUGAUUGCUAAUCGAAAAGUAGAGAACCAGGUGAAGACGUAUAUCACUUACAACAAGGGCCGGGACUGGAGGUUGCUGCAGGCGCCUACUACGGACUUGGAAGGAAACGAGAUUUACUGUGUGCAGCCAUUUUGUUCGCUACACCUUCAGCUACAGAUGUCAGAAAACCCUUACGUCUCUGGAAGUAUUACUACCAAGAACUCGGUUCCAGGAGUGAUCCUCGCUAUAGGCAAUAUGGGCUCUGAGCUCUCUUACAAUAAUGUCGGAAUGUUCAUAUCAUCAGAUGCUGGCAAUACCUGGAGACAGGUAUUUGAUGAGGAGCACAAUGUUUGGUUUUUGGAUAAAGCCGGAGCUCUACUUGCAGUCAAACAGCCCACAGUUCCCACAAGGCACUUCUGGAUCAGCUUUGAUGAAGGAAGACAGUGGACACAUCAUAUUUUCUCAGCCAUGCCUCUGUUUGUGGACGGUGUUCUGGUCGAGCCAGGAAUGGAAAAUCAGAUACUUACGUUUUUCGGACACUUCAGUGAUCGCUCUGAGUGGCAGCUGAUCAAAAUCGACUACAAGUCCCUGUUUACCAAGCGCUGUGCUGAAGGAGACUACCAAACAUGGCAUUUGCACAAUCAGGGUGAGCCAUGUGUAAUGGGCCAAAAACAGAUCUUUAUCAAGCGCCGCCCGGGAAACUACUGCAUGAUGGGAAAGGAGACGAGGAUCCUAUCGGCUGAGCCUUGCAUUUGUAGAGCGCAUGAUUUUGAAUGUGAUUAUGGCUAUGAGCGAAGAGUAGAUGGUAACUGUCUGCCUGCAUUCUGGUACAAUCCCUUCACCAUAUCACGGAGCUGCAGUCAGGGCCAGAACUACUUUAACAGCACAGGUUAUCGCAAAGUAGCAGCGAACAACUGCACCAAAGGAGUUAAAGACAUGUACACAGCCAGGAAACAGCAGUGUCCCAAUCGACCCCCUCGAGGACUGCACCUGGCAACCCAUGACAACACCCUCAAAGCAAAUAUGGGCACCAAUGUCACCUUUAUAGUACAACUGGAAGAGGGAGACUCGAUGAGGACAAAUAUCCAAUUAGAUUUUGGGGAUGGGACGGCUGUGUCCUAUUCUAACCUCAGCUGGACAGAGGAGGGGAUCAGACAUGUGUACCGCAGCACAGGAAUCUUCCGGGUCACUGCUAUUGCCGAGAACAGCCUGGGAUCUGACUCUAACUCUCUGUACCUGCAUGUGACUUCUCCUGUGGAACAUGCCCAGUUGUUGGCACCAUUUGUGGUCAUUAAGAACAAGGAAGUGAACUUGACUGCAAUGGUCUGGCCGGCUCACUCUCGAACUCUCACCUACUUCUGGUGGCUGGGGAAUAACACAGAGCCAAUAAUCACUCUAGAGGGCAGUAUAUCCUACGUGUUUCCAUUAGAGGGGAUGUACACAGUAACGGUGCAGGUCUCGUCAUCCAACACGAUUCUUCAAGACACCAAACAAAUAGUUGUGCAAGAAUUCUUUAAAUCCCUGCUUUUAUCUUUCUCUCCGAACCUGGACGAGGCCAACCCUGACAUCCCGGAGUGGAGGCAAGAUGUAGGCAGGAUAAUUAAAAAGGCUGUGCUCCAACUAGCAGAUAUUCCUGCUGAGCAACUGCUAGUGGCUGUUUUCCCUGGACUACCGACAGCUGCAGAGCUUUUCCUGCUUCCCAGCAAGAACCAGUCUGACAACAGGAAAGGGACUGAGGAGGAUCUGGAGCAGAUCUCAGAAAUCCUUGCCAAUGCAUUGAACCAGAAUUUGGUGGAAUUCGAGCUGAAACCAGGAUCUGGAGUUAUUGUUUACAUCACACAGCUAACAUUAGCUCCGCUUGUCGACUCAAUCCCUAGACACAGCAGUUCUGCCAUGCUCAUGCUUCUCUCUGUGGUGUUCUUGGGUUUAGCCGUCUUCCUCAUUUACAAGUUUAAAAGAAAGAUUCCCUGGAUUAAUAUAUACGCUGAGGUGAACCAGGAGAAAGAGCAGGAGAUGAUCGGCACGGUGGGUCAGAAUGACACGACACCCAAAAUUAAGCUCAGCGAGUUCUCUAGCCCCAAAGAGCUCAUGGAGAAAGAUUUGGAAGUCCGUGUUAAACGUGGAAUGAUCAAUGCCUGUGAAAGCACAAGAGAAAUCCCCAACUGUACGAGUGUCUGAAUGAAACAAGACCAGUCAGAAGUGCAGUGUAAUCAAGUGUACAGAAGUGUUGCCAUUUUGAAAGUUCUCUAUGUUCUUCAUUUUGUAAUUUCAGAAACAGUCAUUGUUAAUAGUUUUCUAAGGACCUUGUUUAUACAGAUUUGCAUGGACGUCUUGUUUGAUAAGAUCUAUGCCGAAAAAUCGAAACGCUUAAUGAGACCUUUUUGAUGAAGAUUAAAAACAUUGCUUGUUUUGGAGAGAAAAUGGAGGCACAGACGCAAGUUCUGGGCAAACUUUAGUCUUUUGUCCUUCUUGACCACAUAAGAGAAUCUUUAACUUUCAAUGUAUUGAUGGCAAAACACACACUUCAUUGGAGUUUCAUUAUGUUAAUGACAUCUGUUCCAGAAUCAGAAUGUACAAAGUAUAGCUGCAACGCGAUAGCUGUAUUUUUUUUCUUUUAACAUUUUUGUUCAUCAUUGCAUACAUUAGUCAUUUUAUAGAAUGAAAAUCCAGGUAAAAAAUAUUUAGUUCAUCAAAAGAUGUCUAGAGCAUUCAUCUGUUUAGUGCUAAGGACUAGUUGUUACAUGAGUUGGGCUGCAAAAGAAAUUCAAUUAUAAAACCUUAUUAGUUCCAAAUAAGCAUUUGACUAAUAUGUUUUUCCAAAGAUUUUGUUUUGAUCCAUUUUUUCUAACUUUCCAGAAGAUAUCCUAAAUAGUUCAUGACCUUUUUACGGCCCAUUUUAUUUACAAGCAAAUAACAGAAACACCACCAAAGAUCAACAUACACUGAUAGAAUUUGUUCAUAAAAUGUAGAAAAACUUUAAAAUGGUCCAAUUAACAAAUUGUUGAGGAUUUUAAACAAUGCCAAAAUAAGCUUUAAAGAAUCAACUUAAUUACAUUUUUUUUUUCUUAUUGCUAAUCAAUUUCAUAUCUUUAAAAGAUGAGAGAUAGACAGUGCAUCACUGGUAGGUAAAAGGAAACAUGGCACUUGGCAAAUACAGUAUCUAAAUAUAAUGUGUAAAAUAUUUAUAUUGUGAAAAUAAAGUAUCAAUUUGCAAUAUUCAAAAAAAAAAAAAAGAUUUUUAAUUCAUUUUUCAAAUUUUGGUCAUUUGACAAUUCCCAUCUGCUCUCACCUAACAAGGUCAUAUAGUGAUUUCUUUUUCCUGUUGCACCAAUGAGGAACUAUUUCCUUCUAUGUUGCACAUGCAUAUGUAAUUAUUUUAUUUUGGAAGAUUAUUACUUAGCAUCAAACACUAUAAUACCAGUUUAAUUAACUGUUUUAAAGCACUUCAAAUUAGUAGGAAAAAUAAUAAGUCUUGUCAGUAUUGUCAGCUUGUCACUCACAUUGACUAAAAAAUGGCUGAGGAUCAUAGACUCAAUUUGCAUAUACUGUCAAUUAUUAUCUUAAGGACAAUGCAGACAUCUCUUGAAACAUCAUACAGUGCCAAACUGUUUAUCAGCUUAAAGGAUGUGACAUCAAACAGAUCCAUUGUUGAAGGAGAAAACAGAUCUGAAUUUGAAAGGCAUUUGCAGGCCUAUUGGAACAGCACAAUAUAUUAAAAAGUACAGAUUUGAAAAUAAUUCUUGUUUUUGGGGUCAUACAACUUUGAUUAAAAAAAAUCUUUAAAAAAUCUCUAUAAUUGGUUAAGUUAGACUAAUAUGUAUGAACAUUUAAAAUGUUGUUUUCCUGUUCUAUGAUUAGGUUGACAUUUGUGUAGAAUUGCCUAGAGGUUCAAUCUUAUAAUAAUUUUCUAUAAUGAGAAAUACUCAAUUAUAAAAUAAGACUGUCCUCGAGUAUAUAUAUGAAUAACAAUAUAAAAUGUGGAGAAGCAUUUCUUUUCAAUGAUAAACAAAACAUUUGGUGGUGGUGUAGCUACAAAAUUCUUUAUUGACAAUCGGCUAGCAAUAAAAUAGUAUUUGAGAGGUGAGAGCUAAGUUACUUAGUGGGACUUGUAUAUAAGAAGAAAUAUAGUUUUUAUUUUUGCCAAAACUAUUAGCAUUUAGAUAAAUAUGCAUGUAUGAUUUUGAAUAUUAGUUUUUCUAUUUCUUUAUUUAUGUUCUUUGCAAUUUUAGGCAAGACCAACAAUAAAAAAUUCAUAUUUGUCGAUUAAUACUUGUCCCUCAAAAUCAAUAGAAAGCAAAGAUUAACCAACAAAUUUUUGGCAAUAUCAGUAGCAGAAUGACAAGAGAACUCAUUUAGUUUAGGUUAUAUAUGGGAAAUAUGCUUAGAAUUAGGUGUUUGUGAUUACUGGUAUUGGAGGGAACUAGAACAAGACAGCUGAACAUGUGACAUAAAAUGUAACUGGAUUUGUAUUUCAAUAGUUUGGUUGAGUAUUUACAGAAAAAGGCCAUAAUUAACUGCAUUUACAAAACUACAGUAUAUAGCAAUUUACAGCUG